AUGAGAGGUACCAUGAACUGCUCCAUCACCUUGCCGAAAGAACCCCCCCCCCCCCGUGAUUAUUCUGGAGACGCUGCGAGGAAACGAGCUGCCCGAGCUUUGGAGACCGAGGGAGAGCGUCAGGAGCGCCUCCAAGAAAAUGCUGCUCGCCAAGCUGCCGCCCGAGCUCGAGAGACUACUCCGGACCGCCAGCAGCGCCUGGCUGAAGACGCUGCACGACAUGCCGCCGCUCGGGACCGGGAGCCGACUCCGGAACGCCAGCAGCGCCUGGCUGAAGAUGCUGCACGACAUGCCGCCGCCAGACAGCGGGAGGACCGCGCUGCACUGCUGGCAGCGGACGCCGAGCGGCAGCGUCUUCAACGAGAAGAGCUGCGUCGGCGCGCGCCGCACAAGCUGGCUCUGCACUACAGCCGCGAGGUCUACGUGGCACCACCUCGGCUGCAGCUGGGCCAGAUGGACGUCAUCUGUGCCCACUGCGGUGCGCUCCGCUGGCGGCAGGAGUCGCCCGGCGCCUGCUGCCACGCCGGCAAGGUGGCUCUGCCAUUUCAUCCGCCGCCUCCGCCAGCUCUGUGCCAGCUCCUGUCUCCCGACUCGCCAUACCAUCGGCACUUCACCCACAACAUCAGGGCCUACAACCGCGCCUUCCAGCUGGCCAGCAUGGGCUGCGAGCAGGUCCGUCAGCCGGGAUGGAACCCGACCUUCACGGUCCACGGCAACGUCUGCCACCGGAUCGGUAGCCUGCUCCCGGCUGAGGGCGACCAGCCUCCUCAGUACAUGCAGGUGUACUUUUACGACCAGGCGUUGGAGGCGCGGCGGAACGUCUUUGUCGACCUGGAGCCGGCCGUGCUGCAGCAGCUCCAGGAGAUGUUACACGCCACCAACGUGUACGUCCUCGGCCUGCGCUCGGCGAUGGAGCUGCUGCCGCCCGAGCAGAACGACAUCAAGAUCGUGUUUAGCGCUAGGCGGCGGCCGGCCAACGAACACGAGCGGCGCUUCAAUCUGCCCGAGACCGGCGAGGUCGCGCUCUUGCUGCCCGAGGAACCGCACGGGCAGCGGGAUAUCGUCCUGCACCGUCGCGACGGCCACCUGGAGCGGAUCAGCGAAAACCACCGCAGCUACGAUCCGCUCCACUACGUGCUGCUCCAUCCGCACGGCACCGACGGCUGGUCCCUGGAGAUGAAGCGCCAGCUCGGCGUCACGGCCGGGCAGUACUACGCCUUUCACCUGCGGUACCGGCCCGGCCACUUCAACCUCAUCUCCAGGGGCUACAUGCUCUUCCAGCAGCUGUUGGUCGACGCCUUCGCCAAGGUGGAGUCGGACCGGCUCUGCUAUCUGCGCCACAACCAGGACGCUCUCCGGGCCGACACAGUGCGCGGCCUGACGGACGCCAUCCACGCCGGCGACGUCCAGGGAGCCGCCGUCGGACGUAUCGUGCUGCCGGCGUCGUUCACCGGCGGCAAACGCUACAUGGUGGAAAAGUUGAACGACGCGCUGGCGUACGUGCGCGAGUUCGGCGGCGGCGACCUGUUCAUCACCGCCACCUGCAACCCGCUCUGGCCGGAAGUAACAGAGACCCUCCACCGUCUCUACCCUGGGCAGCGGUCUCCAGACCACCCGGAGAUCGUCUCCCAGGUGUUCCGCCAGAAGAUCCGCGGCCUCAUCCAUCUGCUGCAGCAGGGGGCAGUGUUUGGACACGUCCGAGCCUACGUGUGCGCCAUCGAGUGGCAGAAGCGCGGCCUGCCACACGCGCACAUUAUUCUCUGGCUCGACCCCGAAGAUAAGCCGCGGCCGGACACAAUCGACCAGUUCGUGUCGGCCGAGAUCCCCGACCCGGUGGCGGAGCCAGAGCUGCACGCCACCGUGACCAUCAAGAUGGUGCACGGCCCGUGCGGCGCCCACCGGCCGGCAGCCUCCUGCAUGACGGACGGCGUGUGCAGCAAACGGUACCCCAAGUCGUUCGCCGCUGUCACCGCGGUGACCGACAAUGGGUACCCCCAGUACCGCCGCCGGAGCCCAGCGGACGGUGGACGCACCGUCGUGCUCGACAGGCAGGGCCGCCAGGUUGUCAUUGACAACCGCUGGGUCGUCCCCUAUAACCCCCUCCUCAGCCGCGCCCUGGACUGCCACGUGAAUGUCGAAAUAAUAACUCACGCCUUCACGUGCAUAAAAUAUGUGAUCAAAUAUGUCACUAAGGGCGCCGAUCAGGUGAUGUUCAGGGUUGCGGAUGGGGAGGAAGUGGUGGACGAGAUCGCCACCUACCAGCGGAGUCGCUACCUCAGCGCCAUGGAGGCGGCCUGGCGUCUGCUGGCCUACCCGGUCCACGACCACGCGCCGACGGUGGAGCAGCUGCCGGUGCAUCUGGGCGGCGAGGACCAGCCGCUGCGCUUCGCCGCCGGCGACAGGCUGGACGAGGUGGUGCAGCGCGGGGCGGACACCAAGCUAACCAGCUUCUUCAAGCUCUGUGCUGAAGAUGAGUUCGCGGCCACUCUGCUGUACCACCAGGUGCCGCGCUACUUCACCUGGCAGCAGCCGACGCGCAGCUGGCGGCGGCGGCGACGAGGUGCACCUCACCCAGAGGCAGCCGGCAUCUUUGUCGCUCAGGCCAUUGGUCGCGUGUUCAGCGUGAGCCCGCGCGCUGGAGAGGCCUUCUUCAUGCGCGUGCUGCUUCACCAGGUGCCUGGGCCACGGUCCUACGCGGAUCUACGGACAGUGGACGGCCGCCUUUGCGCCACCUUUCAGGAGGCCUGCUCGGCGCUGGGCCUGCUGGAAGACGGCCAGCACUGGCACCGGGCCAUGGCGGAGGCGGCCGUCAUCUGCUUCCCCCGGCAGCUGCGGCGCCUGUUCGCCCUCAUCGCCAUCGAGGGCCGCGCCACCUGCGACCUGCGGCUGCUGUGGCGCACCUACCGGGCCGCCAUGUCUGAGGACGUGCGACGGCGGCUUCAGAGACAUGGACGGCGGAUGGACGGCGGCGGCGACGGCGGCGACGGCGGCGACGACGGCGAGGACGGCGACGACGGCGAGGACGGAGACGGCCUAAAUGACCCCGUCUACACCGAAGCGCUCCGUCUGAUCGGAGGACAUGUCCUCCGCAUCGGUGGCCACACGCUGGCGACCGUCGGCCUGCCGCAACCACCGGAGGCACCGGCUGAGGAGCCGCCGGAGGACGAGGCCGCACCGGACCAGCCAGACCCGGCAGCACGGCACCGGGAGCUGGUGGCUGAGCACGUGCCGCUGCUGACCCCCGACCAGCGCGCCGUGUUCGAGGAGGUCGGCCGACGACUGGCCACCGGCGAGGGAGGACUCAUGUUUCUCCAGGCGCCAGGAGGGUGCGGGAAAACCUUCCUGGAGAACACCCUCCUGGCCACCGUCAGAGCCGAGGGUGGCGAGGCCAUUGCCGUCGCUACCACAGGCGUCGCCGCCAGCCUCCUGGACGGCGGCACCACCGCCCACUCCCGGUUCAAGAUCCCCGUCUCACUGACUCCCACAUCCACCUGCGACAUCCGCAAGAGGACGGAGGCAGCCGACAGCAUCCAGCGCUGCCGCCUCCUGGUGUGGGACGAGGCUGCCAUGUCCCACCGCUGGGCAGUGGAGGCGGUCGAUCGGACCCUCCGGGACAUUCGGGGGUGCGACCGGCCGUUUGGGGGGGCUGCUCACGCUCUUUGCCGGUGACUGGCACCAGAUUUUGCCGGUGGUGCGCGGCGCUGCCCGCCACCAGGUAGUGGCCGCCUCUCUGAAGGCGUCGCCCCUCUGGCGAGAGGUGGUGUGUGUGGAGCUGCACACCAACAUGCGGGUGCAGCUCCAGGGCGACGCGGGGGCGGGCCAGUACGCCCAGUUCCUGGCCGAGCUUGGCUCGGGUCGGCUCCCUCUGUGUCCAGGCACACCCGACACUGUACAGCUCCCGCCAGCCGUCCUGAGUCCGGCUCGGACUCUGGACGAGCUGAUAGACCGGAUAUACCCCGAUCUGGCCCAAAAUUUGCCCAACUUGGGCUGGCUCGAAGAGCGCGCCAUUUUGACCGUCCUAAAUUCCGACGCAAAGAAGGUCAACGACCUGGUCAUCGCGCGUAUGCCUGGACCAGAGAUGGAGUACACAAGCGUGGACUCCAUGGCCGACCCUGACGCGGUGCCGCUGGCAACCGAGGUGCUAAACAACAUCGAACUUUCUGGAAUGCCGGCCCACAAAAUUCGUCUGAAGACCGGCGCUCCGGUCAUUUUGAUCAGGAAUUUGGAUGCACCUCGGGCUGUCAACGGCACCCUCUGUGUCGUAAAGACGCUGAUGCACAACGUGUUGGAGCUGACGGUGCUCACCGGACCGGACCGCGGCAACAGUAUUUUUGUUCCGCGACUCCCACUCGAGUCUUCGGCUGACUCUGGCUUGGGAUUUUCAUUCCGGAGGCUACAGUUCCCCGUGAGCGUGGCCUUCGGGAUGACGAUCAGCCGUAGCCAGGACCAGACGAAGAAGCGUGUGGGAGUCUGCCUAAAGAACCCCGUGUUCUCUCACGGACAGCUCUAUGUCGCAAUGUCCCGAGUGGGUAGCAUUGGCGGCAUAGAGCUGUUCGGCGGGCCAACGACCCGCAAAGUAGUCUACCCCGAGGUCCUACGUUAGAGGGGCACUGCCAGCCAGAGUCUGCCGCCGGUGAGCACCGUCUGCUCGACCUUUUUAUAUCUUCUUUAUUGGAUGUUUCUUAUAUUUGUAUGAUAAGUGAUGUUUUAUAGCUUUGAUAUUCACAUUUGUUGUAAAAGUACAGAAAAUUGUCGGUAUUUAUACAUCUGUCCUCCAAAGGUGUGUGUCAUAGCCGCCAAUGGUGUAUGUACGCUGAGCUAUAACAUUUGCAUGCACGUAUUGCUAUGAAAUGCACGUGUAUCUUAGCCGUACUUAGACAGGCUGCACAGCUGCAUGUAAAUAGUGUGGAAGGUGAGUGCAUAAACAUAAUGCCGAAGUGGACACGCACAUAUAUGGAGUUUCACGUUA